AGGACAGUGACAUAUUGACGUUGACAGUUGGUGACAAAGUAGUUGAUCGAGUAUCGAAUACGGAAACAAUAAUAUUUUGGUGGCUCCCUGAACAACAAAAUAAAAAUGUCUUUUAUAUCAAAUGCCCUCAUUGGCAAUCCUUUUUCGACUGCAGUCGGUGGUAGAAUAGAACAAGCCACAGAUGGCACUUUGGCGUCAGAGAAUUGGGCUCUUAACAUGGAAAUAUGUGAUCUCGUCAACGAAACCGAGGACGGCCCUAGAGAUGCAAUCAAAGCCAUUCGUAAACGACUAACUCAGAAUGCAGGAAAAAAUUAUACUGUAGUUAUGUACGCUUUGACUAUCCUAGAAACUUGUGUUAAGAAUUGUGGAAAGAGAUUUCACGUUUUAGUAUGCAACAAAGAUUUUAUCCAGGAACUGGUAAAACUGAUUGGACCAAAAAAUGAUCCACCCACCGCAGUCCAAGAAAAAGUGUUAAGUCUGAUCCAGUCGUGGGCUAGUGCUUUCCAAAAUCAACCUGAUAUGUCUGGCGUAACAGCGGUUUAUCAAGAUCUCCUUGCCAAGGGAAUAGAAUUUCCUCCUACAGAUCUCGAUUCGCUAGCUCCAAUCCAUACACCGAAAAAGAGUGUCUCCGGGACAGAAAUGCCCUUACCCACAGAACCAGUACCGCCGGCUCAAGCUUCGCCUAGACAUGCUCAAACUUCUCCGGGAGUAUUGACACCUGAACAAAGAGCAAAAUUGCAAUCUGAACUAGACGUUAUACAGAGUAAUAUGGCUGUAUUGGGCGAAAUGUUGGUCGAGCUUAAACCAGGAGAAGAACAACCUGAUGAGCUUGAAUUAUUACAGGAAUUACAUGCAACUUGUCAGAGCAUGCAACAUAGACUGGUAGAAUUGGUAAGCAAAAUUUCCAACGAUGGGCUGUGUGAAGAGUUGCUCAGAAUUAACGACGAACUUAACAAUCUAUUUUUAAGAUAUAGUAGAUGGGAGAAAAAUAGAGAUGUCGGUAUGAAGCAGUCUGCUUCUGCUGUGCUAGCCAAAGCUAUACCUCCAACUACCAAACCACCAUUAGAGGCCAGCGAUAGCCUUAUAGAUUUUGACGAUGAUAUAUCUAAGAAUUUGAAUGGGUUAACUCUUACCCCAAACAAGGCCGCAGGAGAUUCAUCAGCUAAUAAAAUUGACGACAAAGUACCUAGUGAUGAAUUUGAUAUGUUUGCCCAAUCUAGGAAUGUUACUUAUGAAAGUUCCAAGCAAAGCGGAAGUACCUAUAAAGAUAAUCUCAAUCCGGAUCAGAUUUCGGGAGGAUUGAGUACUGUAACUCAAAAAAACCAAUCCAAUAAUCCAGAAGAUCUUGAAAUUGAUGAAAUGGCAGGUUGGCUAGGUAGAACGAGUGGCGUUGAGGAAUCAGUUACCAGUAGUGAUUUCGAUAGAUUCUUGGCCGAGAGAGCGGCGGCUGCAGAGAGUUUGCCUUCAAUCGCCUGUGCAACGAAUACCAAAUCGACGAGCUCGCCCAAGGAUAAAAAACCAGAUCAAUCGGCUGCAUAAUUUUAUAAGAUUACAUUAUAGAGUAUUAUUUGUAAAAUUACAAUGCCCCUUAUCGAUAAGUUCUUACUUGAGUGCAGAAUUUCAAAUUAUUUUUACAUCUGAAAGUUGAAUGUCAGUAUAAGUCAGAAUCAUAAAGUUGUAUUAAAUUUUGAUCAUUUUUACAUUAGCGGAAAUUUUGAAAAAAAAUGUAAAAUAUAUCCAUUAUAAAUCACUACAGACAUCAUCAACGCUUUUUAAAUUCACUACUUUAUAUAGUUAGGCUUUCUUAUUCUUUUUGUGUAAAGAUGCCUCUGUAUGCUUUUUCAAUGUAUCUCCAAAAAGUUGUCUUUUGAUCGUUUUCGUGGUCUUCCCACUGAUCGUCUUCCUAUUGGGGAACCGUCCCCAUCUUUACUACUCUAUUUGUUCUCAUUCAGCUUAUAUUAUUGUUCCAUUCUACUCUUCUUUUUAUUACGUAGUUCUUAAUAUUCUCCACCCUGCAUCUCCGUCGUAUAUAUUUACUUCUAGCUGCCCCACAUUGUCCUACCAUCGAUUUUUCGAAGAGCUUUUAUAUCUACUGCUUCUAGCAUUCUUUUUGUCCUCUCUGUGUCUGCAUUCAUUAUUGGUCUGACGAGUGUUUUGUAAAUUCUGCCUUUUGUUUCUUUCCCGAUAUUUUUUUUCCAUAUUGUUUAACCUUUCCGGAACCGUGCUAUAAAAACUUACGCUGCAGGCCGUGCGGGGCAACUAUGUUACCCCAAUAAAAUACUUUAAUAAUUCAUUUAAAUUUUACAUUAUUGUUUGGAAAGUUAUAUAAUAAGGCACUAGUAACUGAAAUAAUUUGUUUUUAUUAUUAAAAAGAUUUACAUUUUUUUUAUUUUUACCUAUAAUUACAAUUUGAUUUUAUUCCUGAUUUUUACAGUCAGGGCAUAAAAAUGUUUUACUUUCUUCUCGAUGUAUGGUACAAAUUGGUUUUCUGCAUGUACUACAUGAUAUUUGAGUCUUUCUAUCACGUGCCCUGGCACAAAAGCUGCAUCUUCGACUUGUAUAUUGUUGAAUGUCUCUGGCAGGGGUUUCUGGCACUGUGUGCCCCGAGGAGUUUCAAUUUUAGUAUAAAAUUUAAAUUAUAUUUGAUAAUUUUUAUAAAAAAAAAAACGAUUUAGUAAUAUAUUUUCUAAGAUUACCUAGAGGGAUAAAAAAAAUAAAAAUAUUUUGAAAAAUUAUAAAGACAAAACCACAUCUGGGCCCUGAUUCUAAUUCAUUUCGACAGUCGCAAUUUCAUUUCGACACCGCCAUGACAGCAACUGGGGAUAUUAACCUUAUCAUGUUGAGACUGCUCAGAAUUUGGGUUGGCGCUUCGGUUUCUUGGAUUUUGUUGAUAGUCUGGGAAAAUUAUCGAAAUAAUAGUACCAUUUUUGGGAAAAAUUAUUUACCAGCUAUUUUAUUGCUAAAAUCGAAUCUUAAGAUUGCAUAUAUUAGUAAUAUGGGGUAUGACAAGUCCGCAGAAAGUGUGUUAUUUUAUUUAUAAACAAAUUAGCACUCCUAAAUCUUCUUUUUUUUUUCAAUUAGUGGUCUGUAACUCCUAUAAUUUUUCCUUUGAGCCAAAAACACUCAAAUAAAAAUUCACCGUAAUUUAGUUCUGCACAAAGUUAUUUUUUUUCCGAUUUCCUUCAACAAAAAUUUUACUCAGAAAAUCCGAGUUUUCCCAAAAAAUCUGCCAUUUUCAAUUAAAAUUUUAGGGAAGUACCUAAUUAUUUAUCAAUAAUUAAAUAAUUGAAGACAUGAAAGAUUUAUUAUAGUAGAUUAUACAGAGGGGCUAAAUUAUGGAAUAAAUUCAUUUCUUUAAAACGGACGAUUUUGGAGCAAAAUUCCGAAAGAGGUCGAUUUUUAUUUUUAAAUUACAAUUUUUUGGCAUAUAUUUCAUACUAGUGACGUCAUCCAUCUGAGCGUGAUGACGUAAUCGAUAAUUUUGUUAAUGGGAAUAGGGGUCGUGUGGUAGGUCAUUUGAAAGGGCGUUUAAUUCUCUAUUCAGUAAUAUAAACAUUAAUAUCAUUAGGUAUUUAUACAGGGUUGCCAAAAAAAAAUUUUGAAUUAAAUUAAUUGGCGCAAAAAGAAGAAUGUAUGUAAUUUAUUUAACUCAAAAUACAUUGUACUGCUGUCAGAAAAUAGAAAAAAAGGUUUAUUUCACAAAUAAACAUUUCUUUUCGCUUAAAUUAAAUCACAAACAGCCUCCCUCCUACCUAUUGGCAAGUUGAACUUUUAAUUUAAGCUAAAAGCAAUGUUUAUUUGCAAAAUAAACAUUUUUUUCUAUUUUCUGACAGCAAUAGAAUGUAUUUUGAGUUAAAUAAAUUACAUGCAUUCUUCUUCUUGCGUCAAUUAAUUUAAUUCAAAAUUUUUUUUGGCCUCCCUGUAUAAAUAUUGAUAUUAAUGUUUAUAAUACUGAAUAGAGAAUUGAACGCCUUUGUAAAUGAGCUACAACACGAACCCAUAUUCCUAUUUAAAAAAAUAAUUACGUCAUCACGCUCGGAUGGAUGACGUCACUAGUUUGAAAUAUAUGCCAAGAAAUUUAAUUUAAAAAUAAAAAUCGACCUGUUUCGGGAUUUUUCUCUAAAAUCGUCCAUUUUAGAGAAAAUGAAUUUAUUCCAUAAUUUAGCCCCUCUCUGUAUAUCAGGAGACCGGCGACAAUCUAACCAAUAGUUUAGCAAUAAUUAAAAUGUUAAUUAAAAAAUUUCGGUCGAAAUAAUAACCAGAAAGAUUAUGAUACACCAGAAUAACUAUGAUUUUCAUAUAAAAAAGCACUAUACCUAUUCAACGUACCUUACAGGAUUGAAAUUGGACCAUUUGAGCGGUCUCAGGAAUGUUAUAAAGAAACAAUUUUUUGGCUUAUAAACAAAUAGAACCCCUCAGAAAAUAUUAGAUUAAAUUAAAUUAAGUUAACGCUGUUCAAAAGAGCACGGCUUCUGUGUCCUUUUCGAAGAAAAACAAAUUGAAUUGCGAGGAGUGAUUCCAGGUAUAACCGGUCAAAUUUGACCGGCAUUUGCGACAGAGUUAUAAACAACAGGAUUUUAAUCUUUGAACCAUUAGAUACCUUUUAAUUCCGGUCCUCUUUGUACAUACAAAUUUUCAUAUCUUCAAGACACUCAUAACAAAAAAUAUUUAUGUCACCAAAUUAUUUAAUUAUUGAUAAAUAAUUACUUCCCUCAAAUUUUAGUUGAAAAUUAAAGAUUUU